AUGGGAGGCAAGACCGUUGUGGGCACGCGACUGCACUGGCACAGCCACUCGCAGCGCGAGCGGAUCGACGUCGACAAGGUGCUGGGGCAGGUGCGGGCGUUUUGCGCGCGCGCAGCGACGUACUCGGACGGCGGCAUCCUGAUCGCCGUGGGGCUGCCAGCAGCGCUCGCCGACUCCAUCACAGCCGCUCGUUCGUCGGAUGAUGCGACCCCUUCGUCCAGCGCCUUCAUCGACUCUGUGCGCGACUUCAUGGCGCGACUGAAGAGCGACGUAGACUCAGGGAGCAUGGCUGGCAACGUGGAGGUCAUCUCGAUGCUGCACUGGGGCAAGUUCGUGCCUGCCCUGAACGCGUUGAUUGGUACGGCGGCUGACCACUUCCCCGACGCCGACACUCUGCUACUGCAGUCUCUGGAGAUCAAUGUGGACGCAGCGAGUGUGGCGUCAUUGCUCUCUCACUUUGAUCUCAAGCGCGAUCUCGUGGUGGGCGCGGCUCUGCCUGGACACGAGUUUCAGCCGGAUUCGGCAGCCCAACCGGUUGAGCUGAGCGGCUUGACGUCGCCGUGGAAUACGCUGGCGCUGUGGAACUUGGAGCAACUGACGAAGGUGGGCUUUGCGCUCAUGGGAGACGCGUUGCGCCUCGAGGUCGAUGGGAUCGGAUCCGCCGCGGGCAUCGAGGAGGUCGCCACCAUCGCCAUGUACCAGCAGCUCUACGCGAACAGCACUUCACCCACGACGGCGAAGCUGGUUAGAGUGCCCAGCAUCGCGUGGCAAGUGGAUGGACUUGACGACCCCGAGCGUCUCGCGUGGCACAAGAAGAAGAUGGCGAGCAAGCAGCAACGCGCUGCGGCUCAACUUGCCCAUUUCGGCGGCGUUGCUCCAGGUCGCGUGUACCACUUGGAGGCUUGA